AUGCAGCAGAAGGUACUGAUUGCCGCACCGAUUUCUCUAUUUGAAGUGGUUGAUGGAACGGCUAUAGAACGUGGCAAUUGUGCGUGUGCCAUUGUUGCAGCAGCAACCUCGGCAGGGCGGCCAAGGUACAGUAUUGUGUGUUACAACGACCGCCGUGAAACGUUGUGUGUGGCAUCAAUAUCUUCAAGUUUGGAGCAAAGCGUACAAUUCCAGUUGAACACCGGCAUGUACGCAAGUUUUCGCGAUGGGGCCGGAAAAUAUUGGAAGUGUGCGUUUCUCAGUGGAGAGAAACAGAAGGCAUUCCUCGCGGCUCUGGGAAUAGCCACCUACGCGCUGGCAGGGCGACCCACACAUUCCGCACAUACCAGUGACUUCAUGCCUGUCGGCGUCGACAUUCGACUCCAACAGCAUAACCGUGCGCGUGUUCAUUAUACGGCUUAUGCUGUUCGUGGUGCAGAGCUCCCACUUCUGGGCGACUUACUGGAGUCAAAUGGGGAGGAGUUGUAUUGCUUCAGACCCGUUGCGUCCACGGCAGCGCUCCUACAGGGUGACUUUCCAGAUGCCUACGGCUUCGAAAGCGGAGUGAUCGGUAUGGGAGAGGGCUCCACUCGCGUCAUUGUGGUGCCUGCUGCCGCCUUGCCGCAUGGGCGCCGAAACAUGUAUGGUGCCGAUGGUGCCGCUUUCGUCGUGCAGUUGAUAAACAUACUUCAGGACGAAACUUUCAACAUGGAAAGUGACGGUGUACCUACGGUGAUGACUGUUGGUGAUGAUUUAGCGGUUGCCGAAGAAGGAAGCGGAGCUCUGAUCGUCCCAACUAGUGAAGGUAGCUCGGGUGGUAAUGUCGUGGCAGCUGUCGUGCCUUUCAGUGGGGCGGGGGUUGUUGAGGCCCCGGGAGCAUUAUCUGCCCAACGCAGUUCUGCAGUGGAGCCCGGUGCUGGCGUACCAGAGGGACACAUGGAAAUCCUUCAGAGAUUGGGUCUGCUUCUUAACGGGGCGGUGGAAAAUUCUCGUACCGUCCGCAGUAUCAGUGAGGCCACAGCAGCCGAAUGGCGGCGCGCCAUCAAUAGACCAAAGCCAUCAAGGCUGACAAACGCAGCGCUUUUGGAAGCGGUUCAGCAACUCGUCAUGGAAAGUGACCGAGUUGCCGACUCUAUCUCUCAAAGGGAUGGAUUAAUACGGGAGCUGGAUCGCCGUAAUCAAGAAAUGCAGCGGCGCGUAGACAGCGCGGUCCUCGCCUCCCAGGAGCUGCUGGACGAGAAGAACAAGUGCACCCGAACAGCUUCUGAUGUGAGACUGGAGGGAGAGCGAGCUAUCAUGCAGGUACAGCAGCAAAUUAACCAGGCGGCAAUGGAGCGGGACGAUGCUCAACGACAUCUGCAGACGGUGAAGCAACUUCUCCAGGUAUCCGAAACAGAGUUGCGAGACUUGCGUAGCACUUCUUCCUUAAACACGGAAGAAACAAACAGAGCCGCUAGUGCCCUUAAUAAUCUGCAAGAUGCGCUGUCAGAGGAAAGGUCCCGUCGUAAGGCAUUGGAGGCCACUAUAGCCACACUUCAAGAGCAGCUGUCAAGGGCAAAAACUGAACUUCACGUGAAGAAUGGCCAACUUGAAGAUGUUCGGCGCGCGGCGGACAUGCAGCGGACGCAGCAUGCGCAGGUUGUUGAGGAUGAGCGGCAACGACGCGCAAUGGAGGUGCAACAGUUGCGCACAGAAUUCAUCACGGAGUUGCAAACGCGUGAGGCGAAGUUUAUGGCGGAUCGUGCCCGCACGUCAGAGGAAAAUUUCAGGCGCGGUCAAGCAGAGGGUCGCUCUAUUGGAAAGGCGGAAAGUCGAGGGAGUGCAGCAGAGCACAGGCAGCAGGAGCUCGCGCUGGAGGCACAGCGUCUUCUUGCGGAGCUCAAUAUCUGUCGCGCGGACCUUCGACAGGCUGCUGAGGACGGUAUAAUGACGGUGCGCACCACUGGCGCGAGGGCGGCACGUCUCAACGCUCAGCUACACGAGGAGAACUUCAGGCGCGGGCGACUAGAAAUGUUGGUUAGCAACGCACGUGGUAGGCUGCAAGGUGGUCGGGACAAAAUCAUGGCUGCUUUUGCUGCUCUCGCCCACCGACUGCGGCGGCCGGUUAAGGUCAGCGACUUGUUGGCGCUUUUGGAAGACCUAAGAAAGAGGAGACCGCUUAAUUUUAGCUUUCAGGAGCGGGAAUACCUUGCAGAACUGGCUUCGGCAACUCGGCGGCGCUUCCAGUGGAUCGAGGAAGCGACGCUGAUGCUCUACAAAAAGAGUUUGGAAGAGUUAUAUAACGGAUGGCUGUUGCCACUACAGACGGGCUAUGAGUCGACUGCUAAAGCUGUGUAUGCUUUGAUGAUUGAGCGAGAUGGUGAAGCUCUUUGUGAGUUCAACACACGAGAGAGGCAAGGCCGUUUUGAUAUCGUUAUGCAAAUGGAGGACUUUUUCAACAGAGUUACAUUGAUGUUUAAGGGCGAGGCAGAGCAGCGGCAGCAGCUUUUCGUCGAAGCAGAACGCCUGGCUUCUACGUUGCUAGAAAAGUUCGCUGAAGAUUUGAGUGCCCUUGAAGCGAGAUGGUCUGCAGAGUUGGAGGAAAGACAAUUGCUGCGCCGUGAAUGCGCCAGGGGGUACGCUGUGCUUUUGCUGAAGGAAGAGGCCGAAUUCCAUUCUAUCGUUAUGGAUGCGACAACUAGUGUUCACAUCGCUGAUCAAAAUGACUUAAUUGCAACGGAGAGUGGCGUGCGCAAUGCCAUUGACUCCGAGGAAUGUGCAGAACUUAGUGGGCUAUUAUUUGAUUAUGAAAAUGAAAAGAGUUUGGUGACACGGAUCGCUGCCAUAGCGGCAGAACAGCGCUCACUCGUGUUGGGAGAGGGUGAAAUGCGUGCCUGCAUUGUAUCAGAGGAGGAAACCACUCUUCAAAUUGUAAUUGACAUGUUUGCUGAAUACAUACCAUCACUCCGACCUGCUCCGGAUACAGACGGCGUUCAAGAGGGAGAGGAGGUACCAACAGAUGGACUGCCAAAAGACGCACCGAAUGACGGCGAAGUGAUUUCCUCCCCACCUGCUGUUACUACGUUGGGUGCCGGAGCCGGUGACCCCCAAUUAUCCGCCGAUGACGAGGGUCCACCACCAGUUGAAUUUUAUGAACCUCAUAGUUCUUCUACAGGUGGUUGUGUGCCUCCUCCUGCCCCGUUGGAAGCUUCACACAGUCCACCGGAACUUGAUGGACCCCCGCCGAUUGAUAACGAUGAUCUUGAUGGACCCCCACCGAUUGAUAACGAUGAUUUUGAUGGGCCUCCGCCGAUUGACAAAGAUGAUUUUGAUGGGCCUCCGCCGGUUGUUGCUGACAAUCCUAACGAAUCACCGGAACUUGAUGGGCCUCCGCCGUUUGACAACGAUGAUCUUGAUGGGCCUCCGCCGGUUGUUGCUGACAAUCCUAACGAAUCACCGGAACUUGAUGGGCCUCCGCCGUUUGACAACGAUGAUUUUGAUGGGCCUCCGCCAGUUGUUGCUGACAAUCCUAACGAAUCACCGGAACUUGAUGGACCCCCGCCGAUUGCCGCUGAAGCACUGCAAGAAGAUAGCGACUCGGAUGGACCCCCACCAAUUACCGAUGAAAGCCUACAGAGAUCCGCUGAGGUCAUCAACCCCCCUGUUAUUAGUGGGGGUAGUGCUGCUGGAAAUGAGUCUUCGGGUUCGUCGCGUGAAGGGAACAGUGCCGAAAUCCGCCGGGGGGAAGCGAAGCCGCCGGCUCAGGGGCCUCCUGCAAAGAAGGUACCCCAGCGAAAAUUGCCCACAUUUGAUAGCAGUGAUAGUGAUUGGUGA